AAAUGAAAUCCGCGGCUAAUAUGCCCUUUAUAUUCUAAUUGCCUUCGCAGUAACGAAGACCCAUCUAUUGAGGCGAUUCCUAAACGAAGAUUUCAUCCUUGGAUGCGAAACCUUGCGUCGCUCGUCGGCGUUUGCGAUCUUUAGAUGUGUACUUGUGAAAGCUUUGUCGACGGGCGCGAAAGGGAAGUAAAUUUGAAGCUUGGCAAGGAAAAUCAUCGCGUGAAAGUUGUGUAUGAAGCUGAUCUCAUAUGAUCAUGGAGUCAGCUCCUGUGACUGAGAGCUCUUAUUCCACAUCAGCUAAUGCACAGAGUGAAUCUAGCAGUAUUGUGAAGGAACCUAAAGCACCAGAGGGAACUCUAUUGCGUCAGGUUCAGGAUGCUAAAGAAAGUAUUACUGUUCUUAAAAAUCAGGUCUCUUUUGCAAACCAGUGUCUUAGUCUUCUUCGAAACCAAAUGAAGCACGCCUCUGACACCCUGAACAUUCUUCAGGAUCAAGUUGACCUAGCCCAAAGAACUGUUAGCACUUUGACAGAAGGUAGUGCCACUGGAUUGGCAAUACCACAGCCACAGAGUGCAGCAGCUACAGCAGGAGUGAGUAGGUCUCAACCAUUAUGGGUUCCUCCCACUGUAACAUCUGAUGAACAGAAGGUGAUUGUUCAUGACAGUGAGGGGCCUAAGGUAUACACGUUGAGCAAGUCAAGUUUGUCGUUAGGGAAUCAAGCUGCCACUCCAUCAGACUGUGCAACAUCACAUGAGCAUGGCCAAGUGCCAUGUGUUAUGCAUCAAGUCCCAGUGCAUUGUCACUGCUCAACAUGCCUUUCCCGUGCAAAUGUCCAUCAUGUUCCACAGGCAUUUCAUUCCCAAUGUCAUGCCUCUCCUGCCAGAGCUAUCAUCCAAGUAGGUCCAGAUGUGCCUCCACCUCCACUUCAUGCGGUGAGCAUGUCUCCCAGCAGUGUGGUGGUAACGGAACCAACAAAUGUUUCAACAAGCCUACCUCAAUCCAGUCCUACCAGUAAAAGUGCACCGAGUCAAGAGGAGAGCAAAAACAGCUCAAGCAAGGAUGGAAGUUCUUCAAGGAAAGAGUCUGCUUCAACUUCUCCAAUGGCACACCAGUUACUUCAGGUAAUUGAUGUCUUGCAAACGGUUGAUGAUGAAGUUGGUUGCUCCCGCAGGUCUACCACACUUUCGUCCAUGUCUCGUGGUGUCCCUGUUGGUUAUGCAAUGACAGGUGAUCACCUUAACAUCCCAUAUGGAGGUGGUGCUGUCUCUUUCCACAAGUUUUCACGAAGACAUCGCAAGCAAAGCAUGAGUCCCGCUAAGGUGAUAUCCUCUGAAUCUCUGACAGCAGCAUUUCAAGAAAAGAACUCUUCAGUAAAAACUGUGCUCAGAGAUCACUUAGAGUUGAUGAGAGUGCCUGCUCCUGUUCUGGCUGCUACCCUUGAGCCAGAGUUCCUAGUGGUUCCAUCCAGUAGCUACUCUUAUGACAGCCCACCAGCAUCAGCGACUGAUCGCCCUGAAAAAGAGGAGGACGCGAAGGAGAAAACAAAAACGUUAACCGAAAGCUUAUUGGUCGAGAGGGUCGUGUCAUCUUCAGUAACGCGCGAGGAAACUGAUACCGUGUCUUCAGCCCGGUCACAUGUACCACCCGAACAGCCAAGCGGUGCUCCAGACGGAAAAAGAGUUUUGGAGGAAUGUAGAACCGAAGGAUCGUGUAAUAUAUUUGAUGACAAAUCACAACCAAUUCGAGUUUCUAGUGAUUCUCUUGGCUACGUCUCGCUUACGUCUUUGCCGGAGAAAAACAAACAAACAGACACGCGGGUCGAUGCAAACGGCCUUUCUUCACCCAAUAGGAGAUAUACAGGAACAAGCCCCCUAAAUUCAGAUGUCGGUAUGCCGUUCAUUUCACCUAAGACUGAAGCUAUUAGUUCUGCACUGAACAAUUCGACUGAGCCUGUGUCGUUGGCAGCGGUAGUUUCCAAACUGGAGCAUGCCCCUGAAAAGUCUCCAGUUUUGUCCUCAACUUGUCACAUGACGGCCUCCCAGGCCCCACCCAUGGCCGUUAUCUCUUUACCUAAUAACGCUGAAAGCUCAGUUACGCCUCAAAAAAUCACGUCUCCAACAAAAAAACCGAUCAUUCUGUCGAGACGAUCGUCACGAAGUAGCGAACAAAACAUUCCCCAGGGGCUCGUGGUACUCGUCCCUACGAUAGAGGAUGCCAAGCGUCUGAUAGCAUCCACGGGGGGUAGUUCAGACGGCCACACUCCUGUGUUAGUUCCUCAACAUAUGUUAAAUGAGAUUCACACGAAAAACGCCGUUUCCGAAGAUGAUCGGGACGUGCAACGGCAAAUACUCGGAAAGCGAAGUCGUGAUAUGGUUUCCCCUCCGUGUCCCCCCCAGCCAAAGAGAUCGGCCGUUGAUUCAGUUGUUAUCGAUUGAGAUGCGUUUUGUAAAUAUGGAUUUAUCGAGAAGAAAUAUUUAUUAAAGUGUCUUAGAGAAGUAAA